CCAGACAGAAGGAAAAAAUAAAAAUAAAAAAUAUUACAAUCUUUAAGCAACUCUCCCAUUUCAGUCCCAAUCCACGGUUAUUUCUCCUGCUUCAAUCUCAAACCCAGAUCGGCUGAUUCAUCGGACCUAUCUCCGAUUGGUCAAAUUCCCAAUUGGAUUGAGUACUGACGCUAGUGAUCAUGGAUCAGAGCAGGAGAGCGGUGGAGUCGUACUGGAGGUCGCGGAUGAUCGACGGCGCUACCUCCGACGAGGAUAAGGUCACUCCGGUCUACAAAUUGGAGGAGAUUUGUGAGCUGCUCCGCUCGUCUCAUAUCGGCAUCGUCAAAGAAGUGUCUGAAUUUAUCCUCAAACGCCUCCAACACAAAUCCCCCGUUGUCAAACAAAAAGCUCUAAGAUUGAUCAAAUAUGCUGUGGGAAAGUCGGGUGCAGAAUUUAGGAGAGAGAUGCAAAGGAAUUCUGUGGCUGUGCGACAGUUAAUUCACUAUAAAGGACAGCCAGAUCCUUUAAAAGGUGAUGCUCUGAAUAAGGCUGUACGUGAGACAGCCCAAGAAGCUUUGUCUGCUCUAUUUGCUUCGGAGGAUAGUAAACCUUUGCCUACUGAAAGUCUUGGCAGUCGGAUUCAAGGAUUUGGAAAUACAAACUUUGAAAUGGCAACAGAAGAUAAGAAGUCUUUUCUUACCGAGGUGGUUAAUAUUGGAAGUAGUACAAUAAAGCAGGGAUUUAGUAGUUUAACGCAAUCCCCAUCCCUCAAAAAGAAUGACACUGGGACAUAUAGGAGUCCAAACCUACGGAGAUCAUUGACUACAGAAACUGAUUUUGAAGAUCGAUAUGAAGGAGUUAGAUCUCAUAGUGAGAGCCAGAAUACUUCUAGGCUUUCUAGUAAUGCUGGUUCUGGAAAUUGGAGUCAGGAUGUUAGAUCGUCCCAAUUAGAUACAAUUAAUGCUGAUUCCAGUCCAAGUUAUGAGAAAACUCAUGAGCAUAGGCUAUUGGAAACUAUUGUGACUUCUGGUGGUGUGCGACUACAACCCACACGAGAUGCCAUUCAGAUUUUCCUUGUGGAGGCAUCAAAAUUGGAUGCUCUGGCUUUAUGUCAUGCCCUUGAAUCAAAGCUGCAAUCUCCCUUGUGGCAGGUUCGCAUGAAAGCUGUUUGCGUUCUUGAGGCCAUAUUGAGAAAAAAAAAUGAAGAACAUUUUUCUACCAUGGCACUUUAUUUUAGCGAAAACAGGGAUGUGGUGGAUAAAUGUUCUGAAUCUCCUCAGGCUUCACUUAGGGAAAAAGCAAAUAAGGUCUUGUGCCUUUUGGAUGGUGAACAAACUGGUGGACUGGGCCAUCAAGAGAAACCAUUGAAGGCUGAAGCAACUGCUGUUCAGAUGCCAGACUUGAUAGACACCGGUGAUGCAGAUGACCUUUUUGGAACUGAUGAUUCAACAAAGAUCCAAAAUGCUUCUAGCACUACAAAUAUCUCGACUUCUUCUACUCCUUUGAUUGAUAAUUUAUUUGGAGAAGGCAUGGGUACUGAUUUUGGUGUUAGUGAACAGAAAAAUGAUGAUGACCCUUUUGUAGAUGUGUCAUUCCACAACAGCAGUAAUAAGGAACAUGAAGCUGAUAUAUUUUCUGGAAUGGCUCUUGAUAGCUCACGCAUUGCUGAAACCCAUGUGGCAGUUAAUGAGAUUAGACCUGAGUUACUUGAUAUUUUUGGUCCCAACUCUGAAGUUUCCCAAGUCAUAGACAUUCCUAACAAAGACGUAAAUGACAUAAUGAGCACGUUGUCUAUAAGUGGAAUUAACUCAGCCAAUGUCAAGCAAAAUGGAACCUCCUGGGGAGGACAAGAUUCCACAGUAAAUCCAAGUCAUCAGGUUUCUAGUGAUGCCUUCAACAGCAUUCUUGCUUCCCAAACCACCGGGACAAAUUCUGAUCCCAUGUUUGCUUUGGGUGCUACACCAUAUAAUAUGCCACCAGGUUUUGUUAUGAAUCCAUCAUUUACUCCUCAGCAAAUUAAUUAUACUGCAAUGGCCAGUCUGCUUGCCCAACAGCAGCUUCUGGCAUCCAUGUCAAACUUCCAGCAGCUUGAAAAAUUGCAGCCAAAUCCUGGUGCUGGAUCUAAUGGGAGCUACUCUUCACCGCUCCCAGACAUUUUUAAUCCUGCUGUCCCAAAUCAACCCACUUCAAUGAUGAGUACUUCAAAGAAAGAGGAGACAAAAGCAUUUGACUUUAUCUCGGACCAUGUGGCUGCUGCUCGCGAUCAAAAAAGAGUAGUUUGAGUUUAGAGUUUUUUCUACUCUUGAAGGGCAUUGCUAUAAAUGAGAGUAGCUAAUUUGAUAAUAUAGCAGGAAUUGGCAGCUUGAAAGAGAAACUCUCCAUGAUACUCUUAUCUUCGGUACCUCAGUCUCGAACAUUUUGGAUUCUUGAUAAAGAUGUGGGGAAAGCAUCCCUGUUCUAGUUGAAAGGGCGAGGCCAAAAUUGUUUUUGUGGGCGUAUAAGCUGUAUUAUGGUGUAUGAUGAGAUCGUUUAUCAGUCUGUGCAGUUGGGUUCAGAUUUUGUAAUUGUGCAGUUCUGUCUUUUUCCGUUGUACAAUAUUCAUAAUUAUCUUGUUGAGGUUAAACUUUUUUCCUAUGUUAUCUUUCCGGUUAUCCACGCCA